AUGGUUUCCUUCAGCAAGCCCACGGGGUCGUGGGACCUCGAGACCACACUCCGUCUCCUGCUUCUCCUGAACAACGGAGUCGCUUUGGCUCUCAGCUUUGCUAGUAUGCGGCCUCUGUUCAUGGUCACCGGAUCGAUUCUUGGUGUUUCCAUCAUCUUCAAUAUGCUAGUCCUCCUGUCCGAAGCUAGGCCAAAGCGUCCGACGUUGACGGACGACGAUGUCCACAAGCAAAGCCCUUCGCUGCUUGUCUGGGGAACCGACGGCGUCGGUGUUCUUGCUUUCUUGGCUCUAUACGUGUGCACCACCAUCGAGACUGCCGACCGAGAUGGUGGUUGGCGUCGGAUGCCGGUAUUGCUGAUGGCCUAUGCAUCGAUCGGAACUCUGGUCGCCUUGUAA